AGAACAUCUUCAAGUAGAUAUCGGAACGAAGUUGAUGAGGUCGGAUUUGCAUUCCUCGGAUGGUAUUCCUGGUAGUGCGUGAAUCUUUGUCGGUGCUAAGCGACAAGUAGUCGAAGAUCGAUUUCGCCAACCACCCAGACCCAACUUUUACAGAACCUGCUGACCUUUGAUGUUUCUUCAGCCCGGCGACAGUUAUGACUACUAGAUACCCCGUAAAGAACUAGAACUACACCUUCAUCAGUGCUGAACAACUAAAUUCUAAUUCGUUCGUCCCUCUACAAAUAAAAUGCGCACAACAAACACGUCGUCGCUGUAUACGGCCUUUUGGGAUGCGAACUCAGAAGAUAAUGAUGCUGCGAUGCGGCAGUUGUUGUCUGGUCGUGGUCAAAAGGCGCUUGCGGCGAUCCACGCAGCCUCCAGCGCUGGUCAAAACGCAAUGGCGCUAGCAGUGAACAUGGCGCAAGAAACGAAUUUAGCUGCAAAUCUAGCGAAUCAGGUAGUCUGCUGCUGAGUAUUCCACUCUCAAAUAGUGGUGACAUUUUCUUUUGUGAUCUUAGUACUUUUUGAGGGCUUUUAGCUGUCGCUGGUUCUACUAGAAUGAUUUGUUCCUCUCGAACUACACGGUUGUACAUCAACCACUAGUUUUCUCCCGCAUCGUGAUACUUUGUCCAUCGUGGUACUUUAUGGUACAUCAAGAAUAUUCCUAGGCCCAAGCUUACCUCGAACGUUACGUUUAUGGUCGGCCAAUGUCGGCUCUACCAGCUAACGUGGCUCCUGAGCCUCCGGCGAUCACAGCACCGCCUCGCGAAGUAGCUUUACACGGUUUGAAUGAAGGGGCUGUUGUUGCGGCGAGCGUUAUCCUUUCUAAGUUGAUUUGCAAGGAGACCGAUAGCGAUAGACCGGGAGGAAGAUUGUGUUCCUACGACUGUCUUCACGAAGGACGAUUAAAAGAGUGCACACAUGAAGACAAGGAGACUGGUAGUGAUGGGAGACGAAGAAGACGAAGGAAGAAACAAAGCGCGAGGAUGGAGGACGUGGAGGAUGCUCGUGAAGAUGAUGAUGUAGAGGUGGAUGCGAUAGUGGAGAAGAAAAAAUACAUUUUGGAGCGCCAUGUGAUCUCUCACGUGAGGCGGAGAGGCUCGAGUGGGAGCACGAUCAUGUUGUACGAAAACAAUUUAUCUAGCAGAACUACCAGAACUCUAUUUCCUGAAGAGGAGCUAACGCCGAAUAAGUCCUCCUUAUUCUUCUGAAGCACCAAAGUUUUGUUAUGAUUCCUUUCUACUGAUUCCUUGAUAAAGUUAUCACGCACAGUCGCACCGUCUUUUUACAGAAACAAAAAGCAGGCAAGUACUUACCUG